AUGCCUGAUGUAGAGAGCUACUAUAGGACGGCAGUCUACGCUCCAUUACUGGACAAUGUGUUGACUGACUUAAAAUCGCGAUUCACUGUUGAGGCGGAAAAAAUGGAUGCGCGAGGCCGAAGACGGAAGGGAAGUUCCCACUACCGCUGCGGGAGCACUGGACACGUGCGCAGGGAAAUCUUUCCUUUAAUUCACACAUUUCUUCAGAUACUGGCCACUCUACCCGUAAGUGUGGCCAGUGCCGAAAGGUCUUUUUCUGCUUUACGACGUCUGAAGACGUGGAUGCGCUCUCAAAUGGGUGAAGAGCGUUUGACUGGGCUGGCAUUAUUACAUGCUCAUAGGGACAUUACCAUUGACACGAGUAAAGUGAUUGAGCGGUUCGCAACCAAAUGUAGCGGACAGCGGAGGUUAGAGCUUGUGAUUUAA